AUGGAGAAUAACACAAAAACCACAACUACUAGUGCACCCUCAAGCUCAACAGUUUCAAGAACUGUUGUUCUAGUUUUGAGGGUUUUAACUUUUGUGUUCCUUCUCAUUGCUCUCAUAGUUAUUGUUUUAACAAAGGAAACUUCAGACACAAGUGAUGGAGAAUCAGAAAUCAAGUUCAAAGAUAUCCAUGCUUAUAGAUACAUGAUCUCAACAAUAGUAAUUGGAUUUGCAUACAAUCUUCUACAAAUGGCACUUUCAAUUUUCACUCUGGUAUCUGGAAGUCGUGUGUUAAAUGGUGAUGGAGGCUACAAGUUUGAUUUUUUUGGUGAUAAGAUUAUGUCAUACUUUCUACUUUCUGGUUCAGCAGCUGCAUUUGGAGCCUCAGAAGAUUUGCAUAGAUUCUUCAAAACAGCAGAACUUCCCUUAAACUCAUUCUUUGGAAAAGCUAAUGCUUCAGCUAGUCUUGUUCUAUUUGGCUUUAUAACCACAGCCAUAGCAUCAAUUUUCACCUCAUUUGCUUUGUCAAAGAAAGCUUAG